UGCCGAGAGGGAAAGGCGGCGGGUUGGCCGCCAUUUUUUUCUCCCUCGACGGACGAUGCGGCGUAGGCUUCGCCCCGCGUUCUCACUGGCUCUGCUCGUGCUGCUGUAUGGACCACCGCCCGGAGCCCGACCCUCCGGGGUCCCUACACACGUUUGUGGAACAAGGCCUCUUAUAGAUGAGAAAAAAACUGGGACUCAGAUAGAAGGUGAUCAUGAGGCUCAGCUCGGGGCAUGGCCAUGGCUUGUUAGUCUUCAAAUUUACCGUGUUUUUGAAGGCGGUUAUCGUCACAAAUGUGGUGGAUCUUUAAUUAGUAACAACUCAGUAUUGACAGCAGCACGCUGCAUUAAAAAAUGGGUGAACCCAGAGUACUGGAGAGUUGUGAUUGGCUUGCGUCAUCUUUAUAAACAUCAUUCUCAUACUAUAAAUUUCCGGGUGAGAGACAUUGUGGUCCAUUCUAAUUUCAAAGUGAACAGCUAUGACAAUGACAUUGCCUUAUUCGAAUUAAUAAAGUUUGUCGAAUACGAUGAAUAUAUUCAGCCCAUCUGCUUACCUGACAUUCCUCUUCUAGUGACAGACAAGAACCCAUGUUAUAUAAGUGGAUGGGAGAAAAAAGAGGAGAAAGGUGAUAUGAAAUAUACGUUACAAGAAUCUCAGGUAGACAUUAUACCACUGUACACCUGUGCUAGACAUCGCUGGUAUUCAGGGCAUGGAAUAUCAAGGGAUAUGAUUUGUGCUGACUCUGCAAGUGGACACAAAAAUACCUGUAAGGUAAAACAGAGAUAUUUCCACUGUAAACCAUGUUACCAACAGAUGCUGUUAUGUGGCUUGCUUAGACAAAUUAUAUUGCCCGGUAGAAUGUCAAAGUAGCACUAAGUAAAUUUACAAAAUAAAAAUGAAGAUUACAUUGUGUGAAAAAAUAGACAAUAGAGACAUCCAUGUAAAAUUCAAGUGAGAUAAUAUUGUUUGUAAAAGUGUUCUCAGCUCUGUAAAA